AUGCGGUUCUGCCUGGCCAUUGGCCUUCUCUUUUCGGCCACCGCUGCCGUGGCCGCCGCCCCCGACUGCUCGUGCGGCUUCUACGAUGCCGCCACUGGCGACCUCUUCACCGACUCUCUGAUCCAGUACUUCAACGAGACCUCGGACCUGGACCAGUUUGUGCUUGAGAACUUCGAGCAUAAGUCUGAGAAGAGCUGGAACAGCAAGUUCCGCCAGGGCGCCCUCCCCGACAACGUCGUUGCCAACUACACCGUCUCCAACAGCAAUGUCACCAAUGGCUCCUCCCUCGGCCUCAUCUGCGACCCCUACACUGAAGCCCACCUGGUCAAUGGAGGCAGCAUCAGAUCCAAGCGCCGCGAUAUCCAGUACGGCUCCUUCCGCUCCCUCAUGCGCGGCCCCGCUAUCAACGCCGGCGGCAGUUCCAUGACCAUGAGGCUGCAGUUCAACGAGACCGAGUCCCUCGAGAUCAACGUCAUGAACACCGACGCCUAUGCAACUGCCUGGGUCAAUACCCUGAUGCAGGGCGAGUGGCCAGACCGUGAUCUGGGCAUCAACUACACUAUCCUCGGCAACAGUUCUCUGGUCAACGGCACCGCCUCGCCCCAGGACUUCAUCGAGUUCCGCAUUGACUGGACCGACAAGGAAGUCCGCUACUUUGUCGGCCAGAACAACAGCCGCACCGUCACCAAGAAGGAGCACGGCUCCAUCCCUAUGACGCCCUCGCCCUUGUACUUCCGCCACUGGUCCAUUGGCAACACCUACGCCAUGGAGGGCCCCCCCUACUGGCGGUCUGCCGCCAACGUCGGCUGGAUGCGCAUGUUCUUCAACACAUCGACCAUGACAGACGAGCAGCACGACGACUUCGACGCCAGGUGUACCGUCGAGGAUGCCUGCUCCAUGGACGACAUGAGCCUUCGGCUGGUCUCGCCUUACAACGUCAAUGCUACGGUGAAGUGGAAGCAUCACGAUGCCCGUGGAGGACUCCUCACCGCACCCAUAUGGAUGUCGGUCAUCAUGGCCAUCUUCUCAACCUUCUUGUUGAUCCAUGCGUUCGUCAAGAAGGCGGUCGGCAAACAGGCCGCCGCUGGCCAUGGGCACGGCCACGCGAAGGAAACCGGAUCGGAUUCCGAUCGCUCCUCACCGGUUCCCGCCUACAGAUCCACCGAGCCCAGCAUCAUCGCAUCCAGCAGCGCAACCCCCUUCAACCAAACGCGGCCUUCGACUCCGGACAAGAAGAACAGCGACGAAGCGCAUCCCCGACGCUCGGACUUUACUCCGUCCGCAUCGGGAACCUCGACUCCACUGCCCCGCUACGAGAGCAGGGAAUAUCUUGGCAGAUAUGAUGAGGAUGCGAUAAGUCCUGUUUCCUCGACGCCGACUUUGCCGAACGGCAUCCCUGACUCGUCUGCGUAUCCUCCGCCUUCGACCAGGGCCUCGUCGCUCAAGAACGCCGUAGUCUACACCGACGAUAGUGCCAUGCCUGAGUUUGCACUUCCCGAUUCGGCCAGGGAUUCUGCGCAGACGCUUGUUCCCAGAACUCCCAUCUCACCUCUCAUGCCCAAAUCGCCCUCCUCCCCGGCACCAUGGUCACCAAAGAACAGGGAGAAGGGCUUCGGAACUGCCAGAGUCAAGGAAGUGUCUGAAGAACCCCGGGAGCACCCCCUCAAGACCGCUACAAAUGCGGGUGAAGCUAAACCUGCAGACAAGAUCCCCACCGCAAAGAAGGCACGUGUCGACUACUUGGCCGGACUGGUUGCGCUGUGCUCGAUAUUCGUCACCUUGAUCCAUUUCCAUCUGACUUAUGUGCCGGCCGUGGUCAUUCCUGGAGCUUUCGUUCACUAUCCCAGUGAGCUCUGGGCGGAAAAGCUCAUCUCGCCGUUCAUCAUGAACCAGAUGUGGCUUGGCGUCUUCUUCACGACUUCGACGCGCUUCCUGUCGGCAAGAUAUUUCCGUGAGGGCAAGCUGGAGGUCAUUGCGGAGCGUGCUGUCAAGCGUGCGCCGCGUCUUAUGAUUCCUGUCACUGCCAUGGUCCUUCUGGAAUACUUCUUCAUCGAUGUCGGUGCGACAAAGUAUCUCGAGUACGUGCCUUCGGUGUCUUGGUCAACCUGGGGCUACGUGGCCAAGUUUCCUACCGUGGGCCACUUCAUCAGCGAGAUCCUGGAGCUCGUAUAUCUCAUCCCCAAUGCGGUGCCUCAGAUCACGUUCAACUACUGCACCGGUGUGCUCUGGACGAUUGCGGUUCAGCUGCAGGGAUCCUGGAUUGUGUUGCUCGGAGCAAUUGUCAUCCGCGAGAUCAAGACGCCUUGGAAGCGCUUCGGCUACUACGCCUUCUGUGUGCUGCAGAACUGGUACGCCAGGAAUUGGGGCAGCUUCUUCUGGCUGGGUCUUAUGCUCACCGACCUGGACAUUACCUACAAGUGGCGCAAGUACCUGUAUCCGCGGCCCUUGGUGUACUAUCCGUUGAUCAGCUUCUGUAUCUUUAUGACGCUCAUCGGUUUCACGAUGAACCUUCUGCCACAAUGGGUCAGCUUUAACUUCACCACGCACGAGAACGGGAUCCACCCGGACCAGGAGACUGGUCUUCCCAUUGUGCAAACGGAGCGGUACGGAUACCCCAACUACUACGAGCCCCGCUUCAACAUGCUUCUAUUCGCAGUCGGUAUGCAGGCCAUCGUGGAGCUGUCGACUGUAGUCCAGAAGAUUUUGUCGUUCCCGGUACUGGUUUGGGUUUUCCCGCACAUCUUCACAAUCUACCUCAUCCAUGGCUUUAUUUUCUGGAGCUGGGGCUCCUGGCUCCUCGUAACGUUGGCCCACAGAGAUUUUGUUUACUGGCUAAACGCUCUCCUCGUUGGUGUGACUUGCUACGCAAUCAUCAUACUCUCGUUGCCGAUUGUCACGCCUGCCAUUGAGAUCCUUGGGCGCGACAUCACCAUCAACAUCUGGGAGUUUGCCAACCAGAAACCGGCGCCAAAGAAAGACACGCUGUUCCCGUUCAACAAGUACGAACUUGGCAUGGAUGGAAACAAGAGCGAAGGCCAAGUAGUGGUCGAGGAGGUCAGAGAGGUCAGAGAGGAGCACUACGAGAAGCACCAGGUGAAGUUUGACGAGAAGAACAUCGUCUGA